GCAGUAAAUGACAAAAUGAAGAUCGCCAUUCUAUUUUUAACCAGCAUGGUUUACCUGAAUUUUACAGGUGCAAUGAUAGGAAAAAAAGGACAUCAACCAGCAAUACUAUCCCCAACUUAUCUAACGGUUCCUCCUGGAAGCAUAGCUUUCGUACAAAUGCCAACUGACCGUGUUUAUAAAGGAACUCUUAAAAGUGGACGUGAAUAUCCGAGCUGGCUAAUUUCAAAGAGUGAAAAUUAUAAGAAAAUUACAAUCGAGCGUUUUUUUCUAUAUGUUCCUCAAAGGUAUUGUCGCCUUAGCUGGACAGCCGAUAUCGAAGACUGUGGUUAUGAACGUAAUAAUUCCCCAGUUCAAGGCUAUACCGGAUAUGUGAAAACAGAUGAGGGUGUGUUCAUGGCCGAUCUUGUGCUUGAGCCUGAACUUGAAAUAAUAGAGGAAGUGGUUGAAACAAUACCACACAUUUUUAUAAAAUCUUAUCUAGAUAACAAAAUUUAUGGGGGCGCGCUAAGACGUCUUGAGAAAAAAAAUAUUCCUGGCUGGAUAUUAAGAUAUACUGGUCGUGAAAUUCAGAAGCGGCAGAACAGCUGUUUAUUUUGUUACCCAUUCAAAAAAUGAGUCGUCCCAUGUGUUGAAAAUCAUCGAAAUCAAAGAUCCAUACAACAGAUUACGUCUGAAAAAUAUUGUUUUCUCCUUUUUUUUUUGCAAUCUGGAACUGCAUUAAACUCCUGCAUACAGAAUACGAGUCAUCGCGUUCAAAUAAAUGUUUAUAUGUGUAUAUUUUAAAAUUGCACUAU